UUUGUGACUGCUCCAGCGUAACACAGGUGACAUGUACAGCUGGGCAAGAACGAUGUUACGAGGCCGCCGUGAACGACGGGUCGGCUACAGCGAUGUCCUCGACUGCGGGUGAUGGAAGUGAGCCUGAUGAUGGUGCCGAAUCUGGUUCACCAGGCCCCCGAGAGACCGAUAGUGAUAUGUCACGCAAUGAUGGCGAGCAGGAUGAACGCACCGACCAGGCGGUUGAAGACGACCAAGCCAACCGCGAGAACAGCUUUACUGGUCCCACAAGCACGUGGUUGAAGUACACAGCUGAGGAGCGAAAUCUCGCCGCAUCUCUCGACCAACAACGCGCGAACGAUCUGGCCACGCAUCUAUACAAUGUCCACUCACUCAAGGCUCGUCUACGAGACCCGCAGCUUGCGGCCGCUACCAAGCCAUGGGAAAGCAAGCAGCGCUGGAUUAGCCGCGAUGAGAAUGGUAAGCUACCGUGGCUGCCAGAUCAACGUUGGACGGCAUGGCCACUGCCGGCGGAGGACGUACCGAGAAAGGGCGAGGACUUUGGCAGUGAUGCGUUGCUGAAUGACGAUGACCAGACGUACCGAAAGGCUCAGCCAUGGCGUCCUAGUGGCGACCUGGAGGAGGAGCUUCUGGCGAUUAUGCUAAAGCAGGCCAAGCAGCGCUUUAGACAGAGAUCGUGGGCCAGUGGUCCAGAAAGGCCGCAUCGUGUUGAUGUUGGCUCGCUCCCUACAGUGUCCGGCUCUUCUCAGCUACAGGCGGAAGAAGGGACGGACACGGACGAAGCGAAACCGGCAACGUUUGCUCAAGCUCUACCCGCGUCAGACACACCUCAUUUCUUAGAGGAUGAUGACGAAGCUCGUGCCAUUUUGAAACCCACCAUCCGCCACAUCAUCGCAAAGUUCGACGAUCUGCUUCUCGGCCUGCAGAAAAGCCGCGCAGGGCAUCGAAAUCAGACGUCUACAUUGAAGUCUCGCUCGCGGUCCAAGCCAUCUGCUUCUCGCUCAAACACGCGUUCUCAGACGCCUGCUGCAAGAGGCCGCUCUCGCAAGCGCCGCGCCUCAUCCGCGCUGAGUGAGGUAGAGGCGUCUGAUGGCAGCGCUACGGAUGAUCCUCCCAAUAUGGACGAGGAGACGGAGCAAGGCGCGCCAGAUGGUGACAAACGCCGCCGAUCAGUAGGCGUAGCGAAGAGUGACCUAGGUCUCCGUGACUGGAGCGAAGUGCUAGGCAUGGCGGCACUUGUCGGAUGGGACAAGUCCGUUGUCGAGCGCACGGCACGACGAUGUGCAUCGCUGUUCGGAGAGGGCAUGACUUUUCGGGUCAUGGCUGAGACUGCGGCCGGUAUGGCGCGUGAUGAGGUGACGGUAUACAAGCCAGACAUGGUGCCGCCACUGUCAGACGAAGAUAGCGACGAUGACGAUGAUAUGGCCGCGUUCUGCCCUUUCGGAAACUGUCCUAAUCGCAACCUGGACAAAUCGUGGAGAUGGCGAGAGCAUUUGAAGCGAAAGCACGGACUUUCCACCCAGCAGAUCGCCGAAUUUGAGGGUUCAAGGGAGUCCGGCAUUGAGAUGGAGAACAAUAAUGGUGCAGAUGGCACGGCUGUUGAUGCUGAUGCCGACAAGCUAGACGAGGCCGCUGAAAGUCCAGAACUAGGCUCUUCAGAGGAAGCCGAUGAGCUGUCAGAGAUGGUGGGAGCUGUGCACAAUGAUGGCUUCCUGCGCCCCAUUACAGGGAGGAUAGGCAGAGGUCCAACUCUGCGAGCAACCCAGAGCCAUGGGUAGGCACGAGGCGGCAGCGGACGAGCAGUGACCGAAUUAAAGCAGUCCACUUCUUCAAGGGAAGCCUGAGGGAUAGUGGGGAACGUUCCACAUUAUGCAUCAUGUCACAAUUCGAUCACGCCCUUUGCUACUGAACUCGAAACCUUGCCGUGCUAUUCACCGCGCUGUUAAUGCAAUCGCUACACUAGUGUGUGCUCCACCAAGCCAAUCCAGCAGUCAGACAGCAUCGUCGCAUAAGCUCCCAACCAUCGUUAUCGUAACCGUGCUCGCAUGUGGAACGAACGUGUACGUGACCGUUGUCGGGACUGGACAAGUUGAAAGCGAUGAGCUGCUCG